AGAAUGUCUUACCUAAAGCUGGCAACUAGGCUUAUCAACUAACCACCUGGUUAUUCCGAAUAUGACACAAGUGGCGAUGCAUUAGACCCAUACUGACUCCCUGCUGCAGCCACAUUUGUGCUUCUAAAUACUCCACAGGGAGUUAGCUCUACUGACCUAGUGUCGUGUUUUACUGUAGUGAUUGGUCAACCGGCAACAAGUUUAUCGUGUUUCUGUGACAAUUUUCGUGAUUUUCGAGACAUUUUCGUGCUUCUGGAACGCAAAAAGUGAAUAUUUUUAUCAAGUUUUUCCAUUGUUUCAACGGUUGAUUUUACAAACUAGUGAUAUUGAUAUAAUAACUUUAUUGGCUGAGAAUUGGCACAAGAACGAUAACAGUGAACGGAUUCAGAAAAGUGAAUUAUCUUUUAAUCGUAUCCACAAGUGACGUGAAAAAUCGGAAAAAGAUAGACUCCGUAUUGAGACUAUCCAAAACAAUUCGACGUUAAGAGUGAAAUCAAAACAUUAUACAGUGUUCCGUGUUGAGACGUUUCGUAAUUUGGAUUACACCAAAUUUGGGGAACUCCAGUUAUUCUACAAGGAUAAAUAAUUGCACCGAAUUUUUUUGAUAUCCCAAAGACCACAGACAUAAGUCAUCAUGACGUCUCUAUACAACAACACAAUAACAAGAUAUUAUGACUUCGUAUUCACAGACUUAGGAGAUCCAAGAACCAAUCACUGGCUGCUUCUAGGGAGCCCUAUGCCUGGUGCCACCAUUCUAGGAUUGUACCUUUACUUUGUCCUGUCAUGGGGACCCAGGUACAUGCUACACAGAAAGCCUUACGACCUACAAAACACCCUCGUAGUAUAUAACUUCAUACAAGUAUUGGCCAGUAUAUGGCUAUUCUGGGAGGCGAUGGACGCAGCCUGGUGGACGAGGUACAGUUGGAAAUGCGAGCCCGUUGAUUGGUCGAGAAGUCCUGAAGCCAUGAGGAUAGCUUGGGCAUUCUACAUGUACUUCAUAGCCAAAAUAUCAGAGCUACUUGACACUGUUUUCUUCGUGCUGAGGAAAAAAGACCGUCAGAUCACGUUUCUGCACAUGUACCAUCACACGGUGAUGCCGAUGAUCUCAUGGGGAGCAGCUAAAUAUUACCCGGGUGGUCAUGGCGCUUUCAUCGGGAUGAUCAACAGCUUUGUUCACAUAAUCAUGUACACGUACUACAUGAUGGCCGCCAUGGGACCUCAGUUCCAGAAGUACCUCUGGUGGAAGAAGUACAUCACUACUCUCCAACUGAGUCAAUUCUGCCUGGCCUUCCUGCAUUCCUUCCAGCUGCUUAUCUACGACUGCGAAUAUCCACGCUGGUCGCUAUUCCUCAUCAUGCCAAACGCCGUAUUCUUCUACUACUUGUUCAAUGACUUCUACAACAAAGCCUAUGGAAUAGAUGACAGCAGACAACGGAGAAAACCAGAAUCAAGCAACGAGAAACCUGAAUCAAAUGGCACCGCAAAUGGACACGCAUCAAAAUCAAAUGGACAUGUGACUAAAUCAAAUGGCACCGCAAAUGGACACAUGUCUAAAUCAAACGGCGCCGCAAAUGGACAUGUGUCUAAAUCAAAUGGACAUGUAUCCACAUCAAACGGUAAUUUGAACCAAAGGAAUGGACAGGCUACAACGUCAAAUGGACAUGUGACAACAGCAAACGGCCAUGUGAGCAGAUCAAAUGGACAUGUCCCAAACACAAAUGGAAACAUUGCGAACGGCAAUGCAAGUAAUUCCAAUGGACAAAUACAGAAACAAUUGCCAAAGAAAGACCAGUAGAAGGUCUUUUAUCAUAAGAUAUCAGUGUGAAACAUUCAUAAACCUUUUAGGUGAAGAUGAACUGAAAUUGUAUUUGAGAACAUUUUCCCUAAACUCUCAGGUUCAAAUUAAUAUAUUAUUGGUUGAGACUCACUUGAGUGGAUCUUGAAAGAAUGAUUCAAGUUGCAAUCAAGUCGAGGAACUCCAAUGACCUUUCAAAAAUAAGUGUCGGUGUGAAAAUGGUAAAGGACUUGAGAAUUUCAUUGAUAGUCCAUUUCUAGAGAGCUUACAGGUUGAAUCUAUGGUGUUUAUUCUGUGAUUGAUUCCAAUUUGAUAUUAUAACUUCACAUUAUUCGCAACUAUCUGAACGUCAACCCACCAUCAAAUUAAUGGUUCGAUUAUUCGAGAAAGACUUCCAGAUCCAGUUUUAUAGAAUAUCAUCAUUUUGCACUGAAAAAAUUCUCGAAAAAUUAUUUGCUUGGUAGUCUCUACUAUUCCUUUAUUUACACAUAAUUUUCCUCUAUGUUGUCUUGGUUUAAUACGCAUGUAUUCUAGAAAAUAAAAAUUCUAUGAAUUGAUUAAUUUAAAUGAUAAAAAUAUGAUAAUUUAUUAUACUUGUGAGAUUUUAGAUUGAUUAAGAAAUCUUUCACCAUGUGCCUGAUAACUUGCCUCCACUACAAGCCUGAAACUUGCCUGAAAAAUCUCAAUCUGUACCUUCCAUGACUCAAUUAGAUAUGAAUAAAUGUGCUCCAUUUAUGUAAUUUAUUAGGAUAACAAUGAGCAUUGUUAUAUUUAUGUAAUAUUAAGAUGAAUUUCUUGUAGUUCUUUUACAUCUUCAUCUUCUGUACUAUUUAAAAUCUGGUGGAAUUUAAGCUAGAGAUUCUGAUGUCUUAUGUGCCUUCUGUAGACUAUUGGAUGUAUUAAUUGACUGAAUUAAAAAAAAAUUACCAAGGUAUCUAGAAUACAUUGACAUGUAUUAUAGAUACCUUGAUAUUUACUAUAUGACAAUAAUUAAAACAAUGAGUGAAAUUCAAGACAUGAUAGGAUUUUCCUCAUUCAGUACUCUCGAGGUGUUCCAAAUGUGUGAUCAAUGAUUAUCAAGGACAAAAUAUUUUCAAAUUCCAAAUCAAAAUUUCAUUCAAAAAGUGAGACUAACAAUAAUUAUCAUUAGAAUGGAAAAUAUUAUGAUAAGAUCAUAUAAUUAAGAUUGUGUUGCAAUAUUAGAGUCCAGUAGGGAGGUUUUUCUAUUACUAUAACUCAAUUAUUGACAUGUGAAUUAUAUAUUCUACUAUUACUAGCCUAAGUUCAUGCUCCUCCAUACUGGUUUUCCUCUUUCAUUAUAUAUCAUAGUACUUAAAAUUGAAAAUGAUAAUUAAUAUUUCAGAAAAAUAUGAUGUAUAAUAUAGUAGCCUAAAAUGUGAAUAGAAAUUAGUACACCCAUAGUGAAUGAUCUCCAUAGCUUCAUCACUGAAGAUAUGAUUUAAAACUGUCCCAAACAAAAUAUUGAAUGAUAAUAGUAAUUUUCAUGACAUAGAGUUAGCCUGAGGUUUUUGGAUACUUUUUUUCCACUAUGUUAACCAAAUGUAAAAGUUACUUUUUCAAUAGAGUAGCUAACCGUCCUUAGUUACUUGUAGUUACCAAUAGCACGUGAUUUUGAUUUGUUACCUCAUCCUAAACUGUGGUCAUUAAAAAUAUAAUUAUCAAUGUUCUGAUGUUAUUGAGAUUUUCUCAUUAAGACUAUACUAUAUAAGACUAUACAGGAUGUAAAUGAUGUAUAAUAGUAUCAGAGAAAGAUUAUUUGAUUCAUCAUUGUGUUGAAUUGAUCUUAUAAUAUUCUCAGAUUAACCAAAUUUGAUCAAUGAAAAUGUGACUCAAAAUAUGAAGCCUGUAAUUUGAGACCAAUAGAAAGUACUUGUACCAACUAGGCACCAUAAAGAUCAAAAA